CAGAAAAUCCGACCGUUGUUUGAGUUCUAUCUUCUUCUUGCCCGAAACAGAACUCACAUUCUCAAAAAGCUUCCUUUUUUCUCUCUGUUAGAUCAAACACAAAACCUAGAGAGAAACAGUUGAUCUUGCUCUUCUCUUCGUGUCGACGAUGUUGGGAGAUUAUGAUAUAACGGAGGAAGACAUGGUAAUCGACAAAGCUCAAGGCUACCCUAUAGCUUACGCAAAGAUCUGUCGCGAUUUCGCUGCUUCUCCGUACAGAAAUGGACCUCCUUUCACCUUCAUGCCCUACAUCCUUCAGCAGAAUGAGAGCUCAAGAUGCAGAGAAGCAGAUCAGAUGUUCCCCGUGAUUGAUCCGAAAGCAAGACCAACUACAAAACCAAAGAUCUUCCUAAGUCUACUCUGGAAACAACUCAAUCAUCUAGGAAAUGCUGGGUUUGAUCCAGCUGUAAUCCGGAUAGAUCCAUAUGGGAACGUUCUCUACUUCCACGCGGAUUCAGCUUCUCCUCUCGCUUGGGGUUUUGAUCAUUGGUUCCCUUGCUCAAGAGGAGGUUUAACAGUACCAAGUAACCUAAGGAUAGUGCAGUGGCAAGCACGCAAGAACAAGAAGGACAAACUCGAGUUCCUCGUACCAUGGUGGGAUCUUCAAGUCGGCAUCUCAGUGAACCAGUUCCUGUCUAUCUUCGCCGCUUCGAGUUCUAAUUUCAAGAGGAGAGCCUUUUCAUUCUUGUUCAAAGAAGGUGAAACCGAGGAGCUCAACGGCUCACAAACAGUUGACUCGCAUCGUUUCCCGCAGCAUUUUGUUGAAUCAAAAGACAAGUUUGGUCUUGCCUCAGCUGCAGUUGUUGUCUCUAGAAGAGAGCCUUAUGACCCUUCUUUAGUACUGAGAUCACUUGAUCACAAUCGUCAAACACCUGCAACUAUGUAUACUGCAGCGAGGAAGAUGGGACUCAAAGAGAAUGAGACGCCAGAUUUAAUGAAGAAUCCGUAUCAAGCCAUUGUUGCUGCUAGGGACUCGCUGAGAAACCGAGAGGAAGCGCAGAGUAUGAGAGUUGAGAUGAAGAAGCUAGAUGAAGAAAUGAAUGAUUUGAAGAGAAAGAACAGUGAAGAGCAGGUUAGUAUUCAGGAGCUUGAGAGUGAGCUGAUUAAGCGGAGAAGAAGAGCUGAGAAGUGCAGGAAGUUGGCGGAAGCUCAGUGCUCUUAUAGGAACACACUUGAGAAGAUGAUCAGGGAUGCCAUGCACCAGAGUGUUGUGUAUAAGGAGCAAGUGAGGCUAAACCAGGCGGCUAGUGGUGCACUGAUGGCGAGACUAGAGGCGCAGAAGGCGAUUUGUGACGGUUCGGAGAAGGAGCUUCACAAGAAGUUUAAGGAAAGAGAGGAGCUGGAGAAUCAAGUGAGGCCUGAGAUGGAGAAAGCAAGGAAAAGAUCAAGAGUUUUGCUGAAUGAUGAGGAUGAGUUGUUGCUAGAGGAUAGAGAUAAGAAGCUGUCUUUGUAUCUUCCUGGAACAAGUGAAGAUACGUCAUUACAAAAGGAGUUAAGAGUAGUAUACCUUGAAGAAGAACAUAAAGCAGUAGCAGCUUCUGAGAAGCAUGGGGAAAUAGAGGAAGUGGAAGAGGAGCAGAAGACAUUAGAAGAUGUUGAAGAGAAGCUUGAAGAAGGGAAGAGAGGGAGCAGAAGCUUUAGAGCAUUUCAUGUAUUCAAGGAACCAGAGAAUGAGGAAGAUGAGGAAAGCAGGAGAGAGCGAGGGAAAGGAAAUGUUGAGAAAUGGCUCCACGUCUUACUGGAAAGCAACAGCAAAGACAACCUUCAAGGUGAAAGAAGCAAUAAGAUUGAUGAAGUGAUUGAGAAACUAGACCACAAGUUCCCUCUACUUGAAAAGGUUAAUGAAGAAGAAGAAGAUGUGGCUGAGGAGGCAAAGAACAAGGUGGAAACAAGAGGUGAAAGCAGCUCACGUAGAAGCAGAACGAGUUCUGAUUUGAAGAACACGCCAGAGAAGAGCGGGAGAGACAAAGUGGUGAAGAGAUCAGAGAGUGCUAGAGCUUUCAGAAGGAUCCCAUCAUCUCCUUCGCUCUUCUUCGGAAUGAAAAAGGGAAAUGACCUCGUCAGGAAGAAGCCUAUGGUCUCAGGUCAGGACGAUGAGAACGAGUAUCUCGUUAAGAACAACUUCAUCAAGUCAUCUUUCCAAACAAUCAAAAGAGCUGUCAAAUUCUAGACCCCCACCUCUUCAUAAUAUUGCAUUUGUUUCUAUCAUGUGAUCAAAUAUUGUUUGUGUGUAUAAAAAGACUUCCUUAUUGUUUGC